AUCAAAUCUUCACGUGAUGCGGAGAGUAAAAAGGCGUAAUUUGAAUUUAAUCUCCAGAAGUCAACAAGGCCAGCGAACGUACUAAAGACUCCUCCUUUCCUCUUUCUUCCAACACAUACUGAAGAUGGCCGAACCUCAGACGAAUUCUGCGAUAAUUGAAAGUAAUGGGACGACCGCUGUCAAGGCAAAGAAGCGGUCGAUCGACAAAGAGCCCGGAUCCAAGGCUUUCUUCUAUGAUCUGAUUGUGGGAAUAUUGUCAGUUACUUUUGAUCUCUUCUUUCGAGAGAUAAAAUCUCGUGGUGCUUUCAAUAUUCCAACCGAGGGUCCUCUGGUGUUUGUCGCUGCCCCACAUGCAAACCAAUUUAUCGAUCCCUUGCUGCUUAUGCGGCAGAUUCUGUCGCAUUCUGGUCGUCGGGUUUCAUUCUUGACCGCCUCAAAAUCUCUCAGACAUCCUCUGAUCGGACCGAUGGCGCGCAUGUCCUCGCCUAUCGCGGUCGAUCGGGCACAAGAUCUGGCUGCUCCAGCAACAGGGCAGAUUUACAUUGCAAAGAAAGAUCAACCGCUGAAAGUCAAUGGCAAGGGAACCAAGUUUACGAAAGAGCUUGAAGUGGGUGGCAUGAUUAUGCUGCCUAAUUCUCUUGGCUAUGCCCCUAUAGCAGAAAUCAUCUCUGACGAGGAACUUGUGCUGAAAGCUGGCUUCAAAGAGAAGGCAUUCGACUUUGUGCAUUCGGGACCGACGGCAUUCAAGAAAUGCCCAAAGGUUAGCCACGAACAGAUGUUUGAAAACGUCUUUGAUCAUUUACAUAAAGGUGGCUGUAUCGGAGUCUUUCCUGAAGGUGGAUCCCACGACCGACCGGAUAUGCUGCCGCUAAAGGCUGGUGCAGCGAUCAUGGCCCUCGGUGCAGCGGCUACUGAUGCCAAUUGCAACGUCAAGAUCGUGCCCUGCGGACUAAACUACUUUCAUCCCAACAAAUUCCGAUCUCGCGCCGUAAUCGAGUUUGGGACCCCGAUUGAGCUGCCUCGUGAUCUAGUUGCGCAAUAUGCAAAGGGUGGAGAAGAGAAGCACAAGGCGAUUGCGGAAAUGCUGGAUACUAUCCAGCGAGCGCUAUUGACGGUGACGGUGACCUGCUCUGACUAUGAUACACUUAUGGUAAUUCAGGCGGCGCGGCGACUGUACAAGCCUAUUCAGAUGAAAGUUCCUUUAUCUAUAGUUAUAGAGAUGAACCGGAGACUUCUUGUGGGAUACAAUCAGUUUAGAGACGAUCCUAGAAUUAUUCACUUGCGUGAGGCAGUGGCUGCCUACAACAAGCAACUUCAAAAUCUGGGAAUCACUGACCACCAGGUCGAGUACGCAAAGCUAUCUGUUCCUGAAGUUAUGGGAAAGUUACUGUACCGGACAUCAAAACUUGUGAUUUUGGCUAUAGGUGCUUUGCCUGGUACACUUCUCUUUGCUCCGAUUUUCAUUGCAACAAAGCAUAUUUCAAAGAGAAAGGCUGAAGAAGCCCUGAAGGCAUCUACAGUGAAGCUGCAAGGUAGAGAUGUUGUUGGCACGUGGAAGAUCUUGGUAGCGCUCGUGCUUGCUCCUGCGCUGGACUGGGUCUAUGCAUUGAUGGCUACAUGGAUCACUUACCGCUACGAUCUAUUCCCUCAGGUUCGUCCUCUGUGGUUGAUUACGUUGGGUGCGAUGAUUGUUUUGCCGAUGAUUACAUAUGCCGCGCUUCGAAUUGGGGAGGUUGGGAUGGAUAUUUUCAAAUCAUUAAAUCCGCUGGUUACCUGUCUAAACCCCUUUUAUUUCAACGCGAUGGCGAAGUUGAAGUUGACGAGGGAGGAUCUGGCAAAGGAAGUCACGGAGGCGAUUGAUGUGCUCGGACCUGAAGUGUUUUCAGACUUUGAAAAGUUCAGGAUGAUUCAUGCCUCUGCUGUGGAGGAGACUAAAAAGACAAAGUAGCGGAGUGCUUUGUAAAUUUUUGACUUUCUGUAAUAAGUACAAUGUAUUGUUUAAUGUUGCAAUAAAUAGUAGAUUUGAGG